GUUGAAAGUGAAUAUGUAGGUGUUUGGAAAAUGUGUUACAGACCAAAUAUGUCGUGGAUAUCAAGUCAUUCAAUACAACCAACAAAGUAAUAGAUGUGGGAGUAGAUCUACCUACUGUUUACAAGCAUUUCACUGACGAGAUUAUAUCACAGUCAUCGGAGUUUGAAGAAAAGGAUUCUGGAUGGGCCAUAGAAACUAUUCUGUUUGCUGAAGUGAAUAUAAAUAAGUUUUCACCAUUUGGAGGAUCAUCUAUAUCCAUUAAUGUUUAUGGGCUCGAAAAGAUAAUUAAGAACGCUACUUAUGAAGUAGCGUUAUCAGAGAGUUUGGAUGAUGAGAAUUUCAUUGAGACUAAAAAGUACUUUACUGAUCCAAGGGUGUUUAAUAUGAUGAGACAGAAAGGCGUCUUUCCAUACAGUUAUCUUGAUAAUUCAAGGAAGUUGGAGCAGGAAAUUCUUCUAUCCAAAAGUGAGUUUUAUGAUAAUUUGAAUGACGAGGAUAUAUCUGAAGCAGAGUAUCAACGAGCAAAACCAAUUUGGAAAACAUUCACCUGUAAGAAUCUAGGUAUUCGCGGUGGUAUAAGUCAAUGCAGUGAUAGAAUGCAUGAGGCAAAUAAUAAAUAUUUACCAAACUACAAUCCAUCCAAAGAAUCCACGUUCAUAGCAUAUAUCGAUGUGAGAAACCUCUAUGGUCACUCAAUGUCAUCGCUUCUUCCUACAGGAAAUUUUGAAUGGAUGAAUGAAGGGGAAAUUUCCGCAUCUGAAUUAGAAAAUGUGGAAGAACAUGGCGAAGGCGGGUAUGUUUUAGAAGUUGAUGUGUGGUAUCGCGAAAGCUUACAUGAUUCCCAUAGCGACCUUCCAUUUCUGGUAGAAAGAAUGAUCCCACCUAAUGCUAAGACGAAAAUUCCUAAAUUAAUACCAAACUUAUACGAUAAAACAAGUAUGUUGUACAUUAUCGCGUGCUUCAAUAAGCCAUAA